AACCGUGAACUGCCGCCGCGGCCGCGGGGUUAACUGCGUCACGUUGUAGUGCUGCAUCAAUUUUGCUGUCAGUUUAUCGCUCGCAGUUUCGCUAAUGCAUAAAUAAAUGCAAAAAUGCCGAAGGAACACAAAAGAAAACGUUUAACCUUUAAAGAAAAAUCUCAACUUCUACGCGAAGUGAAAGCAGGUGCCUUAAAACCGUACGUGAUACAGAAAUAUGGUAUCAGUGAGAGGCUAUACAGACAAGUGUUAUCUCGCGAAAAUGAUAUGAAAUAUAAGGGUGAAAGUUAUGAAUAUCAGAACAAGAAAUCGUCAAGAACGUGUAUUCAUGUGGUUUUGGACGCUGUUAUCUUCGAAUGGUAUAAACAAGCGAGAGACAGAGGAGAUCCACUAUCCGGGCCUAUUAUUCAAGAAAAAGCUCGCAUUUUAGAUGAAAAGCUCAACGGUUCUCAAACUUUUAAAGCAAGCAAUGGAUGGCUCUAUUGUUUCAAGAAUCGAUACGGCAUUCGACUAAAAGAAGAGAAAUCGUCUAGCGAUCCUUCAGGUGCUGCAGAAUUUUCACCAAUUUUGAAAAAAAAAAUUGAAUCCGAAAAUUUAAAGCUAGACAACAUUUACAAUGCAGACGAAUGCGGAAUUCACUGGCGACUAUUGACGGGAUGUACUCUUCAUCUACAUAUAGAUGAAGAAGAAGCUUUAGAGAGAGAAGAGUGCAAUGAUCGUAUCACGGCUUUAUUUUGUGCUAAUGUCUCUGGAAGCCAUCGAAUUCCACUUCUGUUAAUUGGGAAAUCUGAAACUCCGACAUGUCUCGAGAAUCUAAUAACCACAAAUUCAGAAGAUCAACGCUUUAAAAACUUGGACAGUCUCGGGGUCCUCUACACACACCAGGACAGUGCAUGGAUGGACAAGUCUAUAUUCUUGCUAUGGUAUAAGGAUAUGUUUAUUCCGCGUGUUUUGGAACGUCAAAGACAGGAUGCAAAAGCGGGAAAGGUUCUUUUGCUCCUUGACAAUGCUCCAUGCCAUUCGACUUUGGAUGAGCUCAACGCGAUCAACGAAAACUUUGAAGUUUUAUAUUUACCUCCGAAUGUUCCAGCUUCGAAUCAACCCACGGCUCAAGGAAUAAUCUCGACGACGAAAAAACUCUACAAAAAAGAAUUAAUGAGACGUUUAUUGCUCAGUGAGGAAUCAGAAGGAGCUGUUGAGUUUUUAAAAGAAUUGGACCUGCCGGAUUGCUUUGGAAUGCUCAGCCUCGCCUGGGAUUCUCUAGAAACAGUUACUCUCCAAAAAGCAUGGAAACUGCUCUUAGGAGACUUACUUUUUCGUCAGUCGGUUCAUCGACAAGAGAACAAUAUAAAACAAGAAGAAGAUCCUCUAUUCAUAGUUGAUGCAGUUCUCAGCGAUUGGGAUUCCCCAACUGAUUUGAUUACCUUUUCUCGUGAAAUUUGCGAUCAAGUUUCUGAAUUGUUGUCAGGAAGAGAUUAUUCAGUAGAAAAAUCAAGAGAAUAUCUCCUGAGAUGGUGGGAGUAUGAUGAUAUUGAUUGCGGUUGGGAGUCACUAUCAGACAGUGAAAUUGUAAGCCUUGUUACAACUCGCAAACGCGAGUCGGAAAGUAUAAAUAAAAUGAAAAACAGCGAAAAUACAUUUAACAAUCCUAAUUCUGUAAAUUUGGUUCCGAAUAGUAAACGUGGAUCUGAAAUUAUAACUGAAAUCGAAAAUAGCAAAACUGUACUUGAAGAUCCUGUUUUUGUCAACUUUGAUACAGAUGGUAGACGCGAACCUAAAAUUGAAAAAAGCGAAGCUAUGCUUGAAGAUCCUGUUUUUGUCAACUUCGUUACAAAUGGUAGAAGCGAGCCGGAAAUUGUACCUAAAAUUGAAAACAGUGAAACUAUUCUUGGAGAUCCUGUUCCUGUAAGUCUUAUUACAACUGGGGUUCGUAGAUCUGAAAUUGUAACUGAAAUCGAAAAGAAUAAAACUGUACUUGAAGAUCCUGUUUUUGUCAACUUUCGUACUAAUGGUAGACGCGAUUCUGAAAUUAUAUCUGAAAUCGAAAAAAGCAAAACUAUGUUUGAAGAUCCUGUUUUUGUCAACUUUGUUACAAAUGGUAGAAGCGAGCCUGAAAUUGUACCUAAAAUUGAAAAUAGUGAAACUAUUCUUGGAGAUCCUGUUCCUGUAAGUCUUAUUACAACUGGGGUUCGUAGAUCUGAAAUUGUAACUGAAAUCGAAAAGAAUAAAACUGUACUUGAAGAUCCUGUUUUUGUCAACUUUGGUACUAAUGGUAGACGCGAGUCUGAAAUUAUAUCUGAAAUCGAAAAAAGCAAAACUAUGGUUGAAGAUCCUGUUUUUGUCAACUUUGUUACAAAUGGUAGACGUGAGCCUGAAAUAUUACCUAAAGUCAAAAACACCGAAACUGUACUUGAAGAUCCUGUUCUUGCAAACGUUCUUACAAAUGGUAGACGUGGAUCUGAAAUUGUAAAUCAAAUCGAACAGAGCGAAGCUUUACUUGAAGAUCCUGUUUUUGUCAACUUUGAUACAAAUUGUAGACAUGAGCCUGAAAUUGUUCCUAAAAUCGUUCCUAAAAUCGAAAAGAGCGAUGAGGUACUUGAAGAUCCUGUUUUUGACAACUUUGUUACAAAUGUUAGUCGCGAGUUUGAAAUUGAAAACAGUGAAUCUGUGUUAGACAAACCUGAAAGUAUGGAAAUAACUUCGUCGUCUGAAGCUUUUGGCUACCUGUUGAAGUUUAAAAAUUGGGCCAAAUCGCGAAGAGACUGUUUACCGAAAUACCUUGAUUACAUUAGAGAAUUAGAGACCUGGGCAACCGAACCUACGGUAUGUACAUGGACAUAAGAAUAAGAGGGAACUGGGCAUGUCGUAGCGGGGUUAAAACAACGAGCGGAGCGGCGUACCAAAAAUUAAUUUAUAAUAAUUCCAUCUCAUCAUAGUUUAAGGUUCACGGAAUAAUUUAAAAUUAAAAAAAAAAAUGUUUAGUCAAAUGUACUAAAAAUUGAACAUUUAUUUACUUACCCUAUGUUGAUACUCAUUUAGGGCUCUCUAAUUAUGACAAUUCAAGGUUUUUUGUAAUUGGACGAUUAUUAAAUUUACGAAUUUAUUUCCCUAGCAUAAUUUCGGGUUCGUUUCGGUUUUGCCGAACAUGAUGUUUUUUUUUUUUUUUAAUUUUUAAUCCAAAUUUGACAGAAAUGAAAUUUACAAAUUUUACUUGGAUAAUUUCAGGCUCAUUUAGGGUUCCUGAAAUAUCUUCGACCGGAAGUCGUCCGAUUUAUUGUUGUUACAAUAUUUGGUGUUGAGCUAAUUGAACGUUAUAAAAAUACAUGAACAAAAUAAUAAAAUUCAUUCUUU